AUGGUCAAGGCUGUCGCUGUCGUCCGGGGUGACUCGAAGGUCACGGGCACUGUCACCUUCGAGCAGGAGUCCGAGUCGUCCCCUACCAUCGUGUCCUGGGAUAUCUCGGGCCACGACCCCAACGCCAAGCGUGGCAUGCACAUCCACGCCUUCGGCGACAACACCAACGGCUGCACGUCGGCUGGGCCACACUUCAACCCCCACGGCAAGACGCACGGCGCGCCCACGGAUGAGAACCGUCACGUUGGCGACCUGGGCAACAUCGAGACCGACGCCCAGGGCAACUCCAAGGGCUCCGUGAGCGACAAGCUCAUCAAGCUCAUCGGCCCCGAGAGCGUCAUUGGCCGGACCGUCGUCGUCCAUGCCGGCACUGACGACCUUGGCAAGGGCGGCAACGAGGAGUCGCUGAAGACCGGCAACGCCGGCCCCCGCCCUGCCUGCGGUGUCAUCGGUAUUGCGCAGUAA